UUAAAUCUGACAAUCGAUUAUCGAGCGUAGUAAACACACACGAGCAGUACAAGAUGUCCGCAUCAGUUUGAAAAUCUUCGAGUUUUGCUUUAAUUUUCACCAGAUACCAGUCAUAUUUACACUAAAAAUGAGCAUCAGAAUCGAUAUCAAUGUUUGUCGGGUGUGUUGCAAGCCGGAAGCGGCCAAUUCCAUCCACCAGCAUGCCCAAAAAUUUCGCUACUGCACUGGGCUUCAGGUUUCUGAAAAUGAUGCCCUUCCGGAUAAAAUAUGCGAUGUUUGUUUGGAACGAAUGAAAACUGCGGUUGAUUUUAAGAGAAAAAGUGAACAUUCGGACCGACAGCUGCGAAAUUUUAUUGCCAACGUGAAUAAUCAAUUUCAUAUGACUCUGGUUAUUUCCGAAGACACUGACGAUCAAGAAAUCGAAGCUGUUCCAGUCCUGACGGUGCAGAAUAAAAAGGAUUCGACUUUUGAUGAAAGGAACAGUGACAUCCCGGAGUUUACUAAUCAGACCAACAGCGCUCUUGGAACGAAAGCAGCACAACUUGAUGAUCGUACGGAUGAACAAGAAUCGGAUAUUGUGCUAAUCCAGGAUCCGGUACCGGAAGCUGAAAUAGAGCCCCAGUUGGAACCGAAACUACAGAAGGAAAAAGAAAAAUUUCGGGCCGUUGCCGUAAUCCAGGAAAAACCGUUAGUUGAGCCGAAGAAAGAAAUGUUCGAGGUUGUUGAAGUGGACUACGAUGAAGAUAUGCUGCAACAGGAAAUCUCAACAGACGUUGAAUUGGAACAAGCUGACUCUCAGAUGGAUGAUGACGCGGAAGAAUCUGAACAUGUUAUCUACAUUAGCAUUCCAAAUGAGUACCAAGCGGAGCCAAAGUUGGCCUCCGCUUCUGAUAAACCUGUCGACGAUGGCCAAGCUACUGGCAGUGGCGAAGAGUUACCUGAGUUUCAAGUUGAAAUUGAAGAGUUCAAACAUCAAACCAAGCCGCAAACUAGUCAUCCAACAAAAACGGCAAGCUCCGCCAAAGCUGCCCCCAAUGGAAGGUUCGAAUGUACCCAGUGUGCCAAGUUCUUUUCCACCAAAACCAACCUCAAUCGGCACUUGCAAGCCCACGACGGCAACAAACCGUACGUUUGCCCGCUCUGUAGGAAGGGCUUCACCCAGAAUGGUUCCCUCAAGCAGCACAUGUUGAUCCACCAGAACAUCCGCCCGUUUGUGUGCAGCGUGUGCGAGCAGGGCUUCAGCCAGCAGAAAUCGCUAACCUUUCACAUGCGACGGCACACCAACGAAAAACCGUUCGUCUGUCCGCACUGUGCGUUCGCGUUCCGCCAGAAGGACGGUCUCAAGCGGCACAUGCUGGUCAAACAUACCGAGCGAGAUGCCAAAACCUUCAACUGCACCGAGUGCACGAUGACGUUCAGCACCCGGUACGGGCUAGCUACACAUCGGAAACGGCACGAGAUUGCCAGCGCAGCGGCAGCCGAAGGUGUGUCGAUUGUGAUGAAGGACUAGACUGGGAAUCUCGAUUCUUUUUAAAUGAAACUCCUAGAUAAAAAUAUGAGGGACUGGGCCUAGCCGACUGACGUUAAGGAAAUGAGCCAAACUAAUUUUCAUUACGUAACAAGAAAAUGGUGACAAUGAAAAUGAAUUGAAUCUAGAGACGUCCCAAUGAAACACUGGCUUA